AAUACAAGACGAACUCGCAAUUUAAACCGACAGUUGGGCUUCCUCCAUGUUAGCUUGUCACCAUGAAGCUAGCUCGGUUUAGUUCCGUAGCAUGCUAACGUUAGCCAUACGGAAACGUUCGCUCUGUGUUGUGUGUGAUUAGCUAUUAGCUGCUAAGUGGCUAACCUGUCAGAAGCAGCUACUUUCAUUAAAUGAUUGAGUGGUGUGUCGGGACAUCUCUGAGAUGGCUACGGUGCUGUUCGCCUCGGUGGUUCGGGUCGGGGAUGGGCUGCCCCUGUCGGCGUCCACGGACUACGAGCAGGACAAGGACCUGCAGGAGACCAAGAGACAUCUCAAGGGUUUGUCCAAGAAGCUGGGCCAGUUUCCAGACCGCUGCACCCUAAGGAGUGGGCCCUACAAUGUCAAUUUCACAAGCGCGCUCGGCGUGGGCUACCUGAUGGUGUGCUCCUCAAGCUACCCCAACGUGCUGGCCUUCUGCUUCCUGGACGAGCUGCAGAAGGAGUUCAUCGUCACCUACGACAGCAAGCGGGUUGGCGGUGCCGUGCGGCCGUACUCCUUCAUUGAGUUCGACACGUUCAUCCAGAAGACCAAGCAGCGCUACAACAGCCCUCGCUCGCUCUCCACCAAGAUCAACCUGGCGGACAUGCAGACGGAAAUCAAGCUGAGGCCGCCCUACCAGCUGUCGCCCGACGACCUGCACGCCGUCAACGGCUUGUCGCCGCGCUCGUCCUCCAAGUACAAGGGCAUCGCUCCUACUCAGAUGUUGGAGCCGGUCACGUUGCCCGGCGUGGUGUCCUGCGUGCUCAGCGUCCUCUGCGGGGGUCUCAACCUGCUGCGAGGGGUCCACGCCAUCGAGAGCAUCCUUCAGAAUGACGACGAGGACUUCAGCUACGUGAUCGCCUUUUUCCUGGGCACCGCCGCCUGCGUCUAUCAGUGCUUCCUGUUUGCGUACGCCUCGGUGUGGCGGAACCUGAAGUCCUUCCUGGCGCUGGCGCUGGUCUGCGUGUGCAACAUGUACCUCUACCAGCUGAGGAACGUGUGGCAGAUCCUCUUCCACGUGGCCGUGGCGGCCGCCAUGACGUUGCAUAUCCACCUCAGGCAGCCGCUCGGCAAGGCGCCCGACUAUAACGUCUGACCCUGAAAGCACCGCUAUCUGACUUUUGGAACAGGAACUGGAGGGAGAGGGAGAUGUUCUACAGCCGCUGCAGGUGCAUUUUAACACACACACACACACACACACUCGAGUUUAACUUGACCACAAUUUUGUUUUCAAGCUAUGCAAUGCCUUUUUUUUUGUUCUCACGCCGAUAUUAUUUAUUACUUUGGCUCAUGGUUUUGUCAUAUGAUCACUGAGCAGCCAAUCAGACGAGAGAACACAUCAAUCUCACUCAGCUGUGCCAACAUGUCAUCAAGCCUAAAUAAUUACUUUGAAAGGAUUGCAAUGUCAUGUUUGAAUGGCCACAGCGCCACCUCCUGGCUCGUUUGGGGACUUUUGGGGGGGGUUAUCGCAGCCUCAUAACAACAACAGGAAAGAUUAGUCAUUCUAACGUCUGCAGACACUACAAUCAAAAUAUUAAAGCAACCAAAGCCCUGUUAUUGGAAUCGUACUUUCAUCGUUCAGCUAUCCGUGAGUGAUUGGCGCAUCCCGAAUGUAAACAAAAACCACACGUCUUUCAUCCAUCCAUCUAUCUUCUGUCACUUGUCCUCACGUCUUUCUAACGCUUGUUUGUUCAGUUGUUUUAUCAACCAUGUAAAGAACAAUAAAACAUCUUUUAUUCCUCUC